ACCACCCACCAUGCAAUACCACUCUCUAAAACAUCCUUCCAAACAAGUUGUGUUUUUGUAUCUCUCUUUGUUUGUUUGUCUGCCUCUAUCCAUUUCCAUUUGUAACUUCGCAGAAGAUGGAGCUGCGACCAGAGGCAUGUUUGUGUUUGGAAGCUCUCUGGUCGACAAUGGCAACAAUAACUUCUUUGAAAGCAGGGCUAAAGCCGAUUAUUUGCCAUAUGGGAUUGAUUUCCCGAACGGACCUUCUGGGAGAUUCACAAAUGGCAAAAAUGUAGUUGACCUUCUUGGUGACCAACUCAAGCUUCCUUCCUUCAUCCCACCUUCUAAAGACCCUUCAACUAAGGGAAGUAAAAUUGUUCAUGGAGUCAACCAUGCCUCUGGCUCUUCCGGUAUAUUAGAUGAUACCGGCUCAAUUGUGGGCAAUGUUAUCAGUUUGAGCCAGCAAAUCCGGGACUUCGAGGAGGAGACAUUGCCAGAGCUAGAAGCUGAGCUGGGGUGCAAAAGCUCUGAAUCACUUCCAAGCUACUUGUUUGUUGUCGGAGUUGGUGGGAACGAUUACAUGUUCAACUACUUCGUCAGGAGAUCCUACCUCCAAUUUGGCCUUGAAGCCUUCACUAGAACUCUCAUAGCCUCUCUGGCUCAAAAACUCCAGAAAUUGUAUAGUUUGGGAGGUCGAAAAUUUGUCGUAAUGUCAAUAAAUCCACUAGGCUACAGUCCCGUGCUUAACAGACCAAAUUUUAUAGGCAGCCCUCGAGCUCUGAGCCAAGCAGCUCAGAUCUACAACGUUCAGUUGAAGACACUGCUAGAUGCUCUCAAAAGAAGCAUGCCUGACUUCAAUUUUGCUUUGGUCAACACAUAUAAUAUUAUGACUAAUAUCAUCCAGAAUCCGGCUUCCACAGGCUUUGAAGACACAAGAAACCCUUGUUGCAAAGUGACCUCCCAGAUUCAAGGUGGAAAUGGAGUAUUCUGCGAAAGAGGGGGGGAAACAAGUGCGAACAGGGCGAGAAAUGUGUUCUUUGAUGGGUUGCAUCCAACAGAAGCUUUAAAUUUUCAAAUAGCAAGCAAGGCCUUUGCUUCCACUCUUGAAUUUGAUGUUUAUCCAAUUAAUGUCAGACAACUAGCUCAACUUUGAUUAGGUUUUCAUUUCCAUAUUUGUCCACUACUUAGAUUGACAUAUUUGAAGCAAGACCUUCAAAUUUGACAUAUUUUUCUUUUAUUUAUGCUAUUUA